AUGCAUACUUGUAUGGAGAACAGGCUCCCCUCAGGACUUACUAUAGAAAUUCUUUCUCUCUUACCCGCUGAUUCAGUCUUGCAGUGCAGACAAGUGUGCACACUGUGGCGAGACCUACUGCAUCAUCCUUCCUUUGCUCAUAAGCACCUACAUCAAUUAUUACAGAAUGAUGGUAAUAGUAACUCAAGUCAUUCUCUUAUUGCUUCCAAGGUUUGUUCUGUUUUCCUUUUCGUCUUUAAAUUUACACGGGAACCAGGUCACCAACUUUACUAUGGAGAGUAUGAUGAUCAGCCUAGUAAGAAACUUAGAAGGAUUAACCAGCCUCCCACGAAUCAUCAGACAUUGGUUGGAUCAUGUAACGGGUUGAUUUGCUAUUCUAAAGGCGGUUAUGGACCUGAUGAUCAUUGUGAUUAUGAUCAUGAACCUACCUAUAUUUGUAAUCCUAUCACCGGUGAGUAUGUGAGUUUGCCAGGGCUAAGACCCUGGGUUGAUUGGACGAAAAAGUUACAGUCUAUGGUGUGUGGUUUUGGUUACCAUAAUUCUAGUAACAAGUACAAAAUUGUUAGAAUCUACUAUCUUGAGAAUCAACCCUUGGGGCUGGUCCAGUUGCUCCCACCACCAUCUUUUGUCUGUGCUGCAAAUGUGCGGAACUGUUUUAAACUUCAGGUCUUGGGAGGAUGCUUGUGUUUUAUUCAUCAUAAGGAACGUGAAUUCCUAGACAUAUGGUUCUUAAGGAAGAAAGGAGGACACGGUACUAGUGAUGUGAAUGAGCAGGAUUAUGACUCAUUGAGCUGGAUUAAGGAGGUCAGCAUAGUGCCAAUUGUGAGUGGUGCGGUACCAUUUGCUCUUACAAAUAGUGGUCAAGUCCUACUUCACCACAGCUUUGGUAUCUACUGUUAUGAUCCAGAAACUGCAGCCUCGGUAAAUCUUAUAAGUAACGACUUCUAUCAUGUACUACACGUAGUUCCUCACAUGAACAGCUUGGUUCCGCUGCGAGGUCUUCCAGAAGUUUGGUGGCCCAGAAAAAGAUACGAUGUUAAUCCAGCACCAAAGGAAAUCUGUAUAAAACCACAUAGAAAAGAUGAUGGAAAAAUUGGUGUUAGUCCAAGCCUUAGUAAGACUCAAUAUUUGGAUAAGCAGCCUGUAUCUCCAAUACAGGCGUCUCACACGAGCAAAGCUGCAGAUGAUUCGAGAAAGAGGAAGGAAAAGUCACUGAAGUGCAAGUCACAUUGCUCUGACGGACCUGAAAAGCUAGAUCCUUCGCCCCAAGAGUUGUACUGUUCAGAUGAAAACAGUCCCCUCAGCCAUUGUCCAAGGCGCCCUAUUUGUGAGGGAGGAAGUGGUGUUGAUGGUACACAGAAGAUUGUUGAGGAUGUGGAGAUAUUUUCAGAUCAUGAUGGGGAUAUUGCAGAAACUUGUGGAGAAGUGGGGGUUACAUCGGCUUGCAGGCAUGCGGCUAAACGACAUACAGCUGGUUCAGAUAUGAGUGACCAGGGAAGUGAGAAGAAGGCAUGCUCUGAACCUAGCAGAUCCUGUGGUCAAGACGUCGGGCAACCCCGAGAAAGAGGCAGAGGUAGUUCACUCAUGUCCCCCUUAGGGCUCUCUGACAAAGUGAAGAUCGAUUGUCCACUUCCUCAGUAUACUGCUCCUCAACUAUGCCCACCAAGUUUUCUUGUGGUAGUUGGAUUUCCCGUACUACCUAAGUAUAAAGACUUGUAUACUCGAGUGGUUGCCUCCAAAGGGCACAUGGCCUCCGACACAAAGGUUAAAUGGAUGUUCAUACAAGCCACCAUGGUAACCGAACUUUUGGAGACGAUUCAACAAAUGAGCGAACUCUCUAGUCGAGAUGUUACCUCCACCAACUUACAACAAUGGCGUGCAUCAGUUGAUACCGCUUCCGCUAUGGACUUUCACGUGUCAUGGUUGGAUGAUCAGCUUCACCUUCUUGAGUCUAAAAUUCGUGAUGUUGAAGAACUGAAGGCGACGAGGCGUAGUCUGAAAGCAGAAGUCAGAGGUAGUGAGAAUAAGAUCUCUUUACUUCGUUCCAAGAUGAAAAAGGCGAGACGUGCGUACGAGGCCGCUAAGGUAGAAAAAGCUGAAUUGAUUUCAAAGGUGGCUAUAGGGAAAACUAGCCUUGCUUCAUUUGAAGCCGAUAGUCAAGCGACUAUCUCUUUGUCAAAUUCGGCACUUGGUUUAUGUUUAGGACUUUAGGUACUCCUCAUGAAUUCUCUCUGGAACUACGAUCUCUUUCUGUUGAAAUUUGCUUUAUCUGUUAGAUUUCUUAGAUUUGGUUAGUCUUACAGAAGCUUGUGAUACAGUGCUUCUGUCUGGAGGUGUUUGAGGGGAUACAUUAUGAUAUUUCUUCUUUUUUUCUCUUUUUUUGG